UUCUUCACUGCAAACUGCGCUUUGGGAGAUAAUGGAAUUUUGAUCAACACUCAGUCGCAGAGAGCAUCGCUUUAGCGCCAACCUUACGUCCUCUCUCUCUAUCUUUGUGUUUCAAAGGUUUGUUAUUGGAAUAUGUUUGAUCGAUCAAGAAUUUCACACAUCCACAUGUGCAAUGUGCAAUAUGUUAAUUUGUGUGAAUCCAUAACCUUCCCCUCCAUAACCCUAGUUCAACUCACUAGCUCAUGACCUCCAAUAAAUUUUAGGGCACAAAAUAAAUUGAAGAUAGCAGUUUCCCCCAAAUUCAAAACCUUGCUCCAUUUUUUUGUUGUUUCUUAGUAAGAUACUGCUUUAGUUGUGAAAUUGUAGUCUGCUUUCGGGACUGGCCAAGCAGUGUUAUAAAGUUAAUCUAGCUUCAACUUCUACCACUACUGUUUGAAUUAUUUAUGGAGAAACAGAGUAGUAACCUUGCAACUCAAUUAACUGAAGGUUUGUGUAGUUUUCUGCGCAGAUGUAUUUGUGCAAUUCUUUCUGCUGGUUCUUUUCCGAGGCAUGUUGCAUUUAUCAUGGAUGGAAAUCGAAGAUACGCUAUGAAGCAAGGUUUACUAGAAGGAGAUGGGCAUAGGGUUGGAUUUUCAGCUCUUAUGAAUAUGUUGAAGUAUUGCUAUGAGAUGAACGUGAAGUAUGUUACAGUUUAUGCUUUCAGCAUUGAAAACUUCAAACGACGUCCAGAAGAAGUUCAAUCCACUAUGCAGUUGAUACAUGAAAAGAUUGAAUCAUUGCUUGAGAAAGAGAGUAUAGUCAACCAGUAUGGAGUAAGAGUGCAUUUCAUUGGAAACCUUAAACUUUUGAGCAAACCCGUCAGGCUCGCUGCUGAAAGAGCUAUAAAUGCCACUGCACAUAAUUCGAGGGCUGUGCUUGCAAUAUGCAUUGCCUACACAUCAACAGAUGAGAUAGCACAUUCUGUCGAAGAAACAUGUAAAGAAAAAUGGGAUGAACUAGGGGGGAAUGCAACUGACAGCAAGGAGCCUCUUAUUGAUGUGGCAGAUGUUGAGAAACAUAUGUAUAUGGCAGUUGCACCUGAUCCCGACAUUAUAAUCCGCUCAUCUGGUGAGACUCGCUUGAGCAAUUUCCUCCUGUGGCAGAGUGCAUCUUCCCUUCUUUAUUCCCCCAGGGCACUUUGGCCGGAGAUUGGGUUUUGGCAUUUGAUCCGAGCAAUCUUGGACUUCCAAAGGAAUCUCGCUUCUUUGGAAACUAAGCUGAAACAGAGUUAGAUUCGCCGGUUUCUGCACUUUCAACUGUGAAUCCAUUAACAUUCCCUCUGUGGCGGCGAAAGAAGUUAAGUUGGCUUGGGUUGAAACCUGAAUCUUUUUGUGAAAUUUUCUCUUAUCUAACCAGUGAUUUUGGUGGUUGAUUUUGUGUUGUGAUUGUUGGUCACUCUAUUGUAUGUAUAUUACUGAAUUAUUGAUAGCUGAUCCAUUUUUGUGCUACAUGUCCAA